CCAAGAGGGUGUGGGUUUUUAGGCUGCCUGUUAAAGGCAGCUGGAGCAAUUAACAGGAGGCUUGGUUUCUCUCCAGCUGCUGGGGCCAUCCGUGAACUUUGCAUUUCUCUGCUGAACUCUAUAAAUUGUAGUCGACCAUUAACCAGGCCCUGGACUGUUCAGAGCACCCUCGUAAGGUAGGAGGUUAAUGCCGAGCCAGCAGCACGUGGGGCUCCUGUUGCAUGCAGAGGGAAAGGAACACAAAGUGCUGGUGGAAAAUCUCUGCUCUGUCAAGACCACAGCUCUGAGAGGAUGAACCUGUGAACUGCAGAAGUGCCUGAGCAAGGUUCUGGUGACAGAAACCCGACCCAGCAGCGACAGGCUCGAGCAAGGGGAAAGGAAUCGAAGAAUGGUCAGGCAACAGGGACUUGCUCCAGCUGAUAGAGCCUGUCGUUGAUUGGAUGUGUUUGGAAGAGUCACAGAGGGGGAUUUUCUGCGUGGGGGCGUUUCCAUCCCCUGCCUUGGCCGUUUGGGCUGCACAAACCUGCACUGCAAACGCUGCUGGUGGGAUUCCAACGCCAACAUGAAGCUGAAAGGAGGGGAGCAGGAGAGCUCUGAGCGCAGUGAGGGUGCAAAGGGGAAAAUGACAGUUCUCCUUGCCCUGGUGGCUCUGAUAUCUGGCUUUGGAUCUUCUUUCCAGUACGGCUACAACGUGUCUGUGAUCAACUCUCCAGCCCCGUACAUGCAAGACUUUUACAACCAAACCUACCUGGCCAGGACGGGGGUGCCCAUGAACAGUGGCUUCCAGACACUGCUCUGGUCUCUUACUGUGUCCAUGUUCCCCCUGGGUGGCUUUUUUGGGUCCCUGCUGGUGUGGCCCAUGGUCAACAACUGUGGCAGAAAGGGCACUUUGCUGAUAAAUAACCUCUUCUCCAUCUCUGCUGCAAUCCUCAUGGGAACCUCAGAGCUAGCAAAAACCUUUGAAGCAAUCAUCCUUUCCCGUUUCAUCAUGGGAAUUUAUGCUGGCCUGGCUUCCAACGUGGUUCCCAUGUUCCUUGGAGAAAUGUCCCCCCGGAAUCUCAGAGGGGCCAUUGGGAUAGUCCCACAGCUCUUCAUCACCGUCGGGAUCCUCGUAGCUCAGAUCCUUGGCCUCAACAGCAUCCUGGGGAAUGCUGAAGGCUGGCCUGUGCUGCUGGGGCUCACCGGGAUCCCAUCGCUGAUCCAGCUCCUGACGCUGCCCUUCUUCCCCGAGAGUCCCAGGUACCUGCUGCUCCAAAAGGGCAACGAAGAGCAGGCACGACGAGCCUUGCAGAGGCUGAGAGGCUGGGAUGACGUGGAUGACGAGAUAGAAGAAAUGUUCCAAGAGGGCCAGUCAGAAAAGGAAGAAGGGCAGUUCUCUGUGCUCAGCCUGUGCACCUUCAGAGGCUUGAGGUGGCAGCUCAUCUCCAUCAUUGUCAUGAUGAUGGGCCAGCAGCUCUCCGGGGUUAACGGGGUCUUCUACUACGCCGACAGGAUCUUUGAGUCAGCAGGUGUGCCCAGCAACAGCAUCCAGUACGUCACUGUGUCCAUAGGUGCCAUCAACGUCGUCAUGACUUUGCUUGCUGUUUUCAUUGUGGAAUCCCUGGGGAGGAGGAUCCUUCUCCUCGCCGGCUUCGCGUUGUGCUGUGCUUCCUGUGCCGUGUUAACCCUGGCCCUCAACCUCCAGACCACCGUGUCCUGGAUGUCCUACCUCAGCAUAGCCUGUGUCAUUGUUUACAUCAUCGGACAUGCCGUGGGACCCAGUCCGGUUCCCUCUGUCAUGAUCACCGAGAUGUUCCUGCAGUCGUCCCGGCCUGCAGCCUUCAUGGUGGGAGGGUCUGUGCACUGGCUGAGCAACUUCACCGUGGGGCUUGUGUUCCUCUACAUGGAGGCUGGCCUGGGGCCCUACAGCUUCCUCAUCUUCUGUGCCAUCUGCCUGGCCACUGCGCUUUACAUCUUCUUCAUCGUUCCCGAGACCAAGAACAAAACCUUCAUGGAAAUCAACAGGAUCAUGGCCAAGAGGAACAAAGUGGAGAUUCAGGAAAACAAAGAGGAGCUGAAGGAUUUCCGCACCGCCCCGGGCGGGCUGGGGGAGAGGACGAUGAGCUCCAGCAGCCAGCUGUGA